UCUUCAGUCAAUACACAACAUUGAAGUUGAAAAUUGAGUUAGUCAAAGAAGAAAUUUUGCCUUAGCUUUUUAACUAAGACACUUUUCCAUUUUCCCUAAUAAAAGAAGACCAAAAUUCAAGAGAUCAGAACUAAAAUACAAUAUUCAUCAACAUAUUAAAGAAAACAUAGUAGAACCAAAAAUUAUGAGAUGGCAGAAGUGAAGUUGCUUGGACUUUGGUAUAGCCCUUUUUGUCACAGAGUUGAGUGGGCCUUAAAGAUUAAGGGGGUGAAAUUUGAAUUUAUAGAGCAAAAUCUACAAAAUAAAAGCCCUCUACUUCUUGAAUCCAACCCGAUUCAGAAGAAAAUCCCCGUGCUAAUUCACAAUGGUAAGCCCAUUUGUGAAUCAAUGGUAAUUGUUGAAUACAUUGAUGAGACAUUUGAAGGACCUUCCAUAUUGCCUAAAGACCCUUACGACCGCGCUGUAGCUCGUUUUUGGGUUAAGUUUAUUGACGAUAAGGGGUCAGCAGUGGGUAGAAGUUUCUUUCACAAAUCAUACGAAGCUAAAGGGGAACUUUCUGAGAUGCUGAAAAUUCUUGAUAAUGAGCUCAAGGAUAAGAAAUUUUUUGUUGGUGACAAAUUUGGAUUUGCUGAUAUUGCUGCAAAUUUUUUGGGACUUUGGAUGGGAGUUCUUGAAGAAGCAACUGGAGUUAAUAAUUUGGUAACAAGAGAAAAGUACCCAAACUUUUGUGCUUGGAGAGAUGAAUAUAAUGAUUGCAGCGAUAAUAAAAAAUAUUUACCUCCAAGAGAUGAGUUGCUUGCUUAUUUCAAAGCUCGCUUUCAAGCUGCUGCAGUACCUCCUUAUUCGAGUUAAUUUCUUGGAUGAACACUUAACUAAUAUUUUAUUUUCUCAAAAAGUUUUUUACCUUUCAGAGAUAAUAACAAUCAAUUAACUAUUUAGAAAAUCGACCCUAUUUAUUUAUCUUUGAAAGUUUCAAAAUUGUGUGGCAAUAAAAUUAGAGGUGAAUUUAGAUACGAUUUUGUGGUUUCAACUGAAUGAACGAUUAGUAUCGAUUUGAACUAUGUAUACAUACGAAAUAAAAGUCAAUAUGUUUGCAUAUUA